CGCACCGAAAAGUGACCUUCCUUCUUCACAGUUCAUUCAGUCCCUGAAUAUUUGACUCCCUUUUACCAGUUUGCCCAAACGUUCUUCCAAUGGCUGCUCCAGGUCCUUCCACUGCCUCAACUUCUCCGAUGAGAUAUCAUGUUUUCUUGAGUUUCAGAGGCACCGAUACUCGCACCAACUUCACCGAUCACUUGUAUGCUGCUUUGCUUCGACAAGGAAUUGUAACUUUCAGGGAUGAUGUAGAUCUUCACAAAGGACAUGUUAUUAAGGACGAACUCCUCCAAGCUAUUGAGCAAUCCAUGUUUGCCAUUGUUGUGCUCUCCAAGAAUUAUGCUGCUUCUUCUUGGUGUUUGGAUGAACUGCGGAAGAUCCUAAAAUCCAAAAAGGCCUCCGGUCAAACAGUUUUUCCAGUUUUUUAUGGCAUAGAUCCAUCUGAUGUUCGACAUCAAAAAAGAAAAUUUGCAACAGCUUUUGAGAAGCAUGAAGUUAGAUUUCCAGAUGUUAAAGUGCGAAGAUGGAGAAAAGCUUUAAGAAAGAUUGCCAAAUUAUCUGGCUGGGAUACGAGUAAUAAACAUGAGGCGGAAAUUGUUGAAGACAUUGUGAAAUCUGUCUGGAACAAAUUAUGUCUGAAAUUGCCAUCUAAUUUUGGACAUUUAGUUGGAGACAUUCAAUCAAAGGUGGAUAGAAUUAUCUCCCUUUUAAAGAUAGGAUUGGGUGAUAAAUGCUUCGUAGGGAUAUGGGGAAUGGGCGGUAUAGGCAAAACCACUCUUAGUCGAGUUGUUUAUGAUGCACUUCAAAGCAAGUUUGAGGCUAGCUGUUUUCUUGCUAAUUUAAGGGAGGAUUGUGAAAAGAGUGGCUUAGUUUACUUACAAAAAAAGCUUCUUUCAGGCCUUGGACUAAGAGAACCAAAAAUAGAUGAUGCCUAUGAUGGAGUAAAGAAAAUAAGAGGUUUCUUGUGCCAUAAAAAGGUUCUUAUUGUUCUUGAUGACAUCAGCCAUAAAAGCCAACUGGACAAUUUGGCUGGAACUGAAGAGUGGUUUGGUGAAGGGAGCAAAAUCAUAAUGACUACUAGAGAUAAACAAUUGUUGACACAAUAUGAACAGUUUGAAGAGUAUGGUGUUGGAAAGUUGAAUGAAGAUGAAUCCCUUAAGCUUUUAUGCCAUAAAGCAUUUAAAAAGGAUGAGCCUAAGGAAGCUUAUUUGGAUUUUUCGAAAGAAGUAGUUAAAUAUGCUUGCGGACUCCCUUUGGCUCUUGAAGUCUUGGGGUCAUUUCUUUGCAAUAGAGAUCCAGUUCAAUGGAGAGACGCAUUAGACAAGUUGAAGGAAAAUUUACAUAAGGAUAUCUUUAGCAAACUUUGCAUCAGUUAUGAAGGAUUAGAAGAUGAACAGUACAGAAAUAUAUUUUUAGAUAUUGCAUGUUUGUUCAUUCGAACAUCGAAGGCUGAAGUGACAGAUAUAUUAAAAAUAUGUGGUCUUCAUUCAGUAAUUGGAAUUAAUGUUCUGAUUGAGAAAUCAUUGUUAAGUACCUUCAAAUCACAAAGUUUGGGGAAUAAUUGGGGUUCAUAUUGCAAUGUACAUCAAUAUAUGGAUGAUGGGCUUCGAAAGAUGAGAAGGGAAAUUUUCAUAGACCGAGAACAGCUUGAAUAUUAUUAUCCACAAGAUCAUCUUACAAUGCACGAUUUGCUUCAAGAGAUGGGAAGGAAUAUUGUUUUGCGAGAAUCAAGUGAUGCCUGUAAACGUAGCAGAUUGUGGCGUCUAGAGGAGAUUGAUCACAUGUUGAAAAGAAAUAAGGGAACGAAAAAAGUUCAAAGCAUAUGUUUGAAUAUAGCUCAAAAAUUUAAAGCGGAGUGGCACCCAGAUUGCUUUUUGAAGAUGGAAAAUCUUAGACUUUUGGACUUGAGUGGUGUUUGUCUUUCACGGAAUCUCAAUGUUCUUCCUAGUUCAUUAAAAUUUCUCAGAUGGGAUUUUUACGCUCUGAAAUCUCUACCAUCAAUUGAUCAGUUGUGUGAACUUGAAAGCCUUGAGUUGCGUUCUAGCAAAAUAGAAAGAUUAUGGAAUGGAGCGCCGCGUUUAGAUAAGCUAAGGAUCAUCAAUUUGGCUGAAUCUGGAGAUCUAAUAGAAACUCCGGAUUUUAGUGCAACCCCAAACCUUGAGAAGUUAUUCCUUGAUGACUGCCAUAAUUUAGUUGGUGUUCAUGAAUCUAUUGGACAACUGAAGAAACUAGUUGAGUUGAGUUUGGAAGACUGUGUAAAUCUUGUUAAACUUCCAAGUUGUCUGGAAAUGAAUAAUCUGGAGGUGCUUAAUCUUAGAGGAUGCAAAAAGCUUGAGAAGCUUCCAGAGUUUGGGAAGAAUAUGACAAGUCUAUACUUGUUAAGUGGGUGGGGAGCAUCAAUCACAGAAAUUCCUUUGUCAAUUAUUCAUUUAAUAAAUCUCAAAUUUUUGGAUUUGUACGAAUGCGACAAGCUUAAGAAAGUUCCCGAGCUUCCUCCAAAUUUAAUUAUAGCAGCGACUCAUUGUGAUUUGUUGGAACCCAAAGAAGCAGUUGCAAAAUACCUCUCGGGAUCACGUGUAUCUAAGGGUCCCAUUCACAUUUUUUAUGAUUACUACGUCCCACUUGGAUUCCCUUGGAGAGUAGGAAUUCCUGAAUGGUUUGAAGGAGAGGAUCAUUGUCGGAGUAGAGAGAGUAGUUCAAGUGAAGAAGUGCUAACCAUAACGGCAAACAUACCUUGUGACAGGGCUGAUGCUAAUAAUGGAGAAUGCUGGGGAAUUGCUGUAGCCCUUAUUUUCGGAUGUCGUUCCUAUGGAAAUGAUAAAUGUUUUUCAGUGAAUUGGAAGUUUCAAGAUUAUUGUCAUACCAAUAAAAGAACCGCAAAUAAAGAGAUUAACAGUGCAAAAUAUUAUUUUGUCCAUCGAGUAUAUGUGGGAUAUUAUCCAUUUAAGAAGGAGGACUGUAGACCACAUCCAAGUGGUGUAGGCAUUCAACUUCAUUUGACACUUUCUUUCCCAACCAAUCCUGCUGCUAAGUUGGGACUUUUCGCGAACUGGAAAAUAGUGAACUGCAGAUGGCGUCUGACAUGUCAGAAACAUUUUGAUGAAGGGAGAUGAACACAUCAUGCCGCGAUAUAUUGCCAGGUAAUGAAAGCAAUUACAAAGUGCUUCUCACAUUAAAAGGCGUUAUAUUUGUUUUCUUCUAUCAAUUGUCUUCCCUCUCUUUCCCCAGCAUUUGUCCUCGCAUCUACUCCAUUACUCACGUAAAUAGUUGAUUUCAUUGUAGGUGGCUGGAAAAAUGAAAUUAAUGUCUUUUCCAUAAAAAAAUUAUGAUGGAAUUUUUUUCCAAAUUUCUUUUAAAAAUUGUUCAUAAAAAAUAAAAGCUUUUCUUUGGUUAAAGACAUGACAGUGGUUGCUGUCACAUGUAGGCUUGUUUUGCUGAAGCAUAAGGAGAUAAUCUUAAGAGUUCAAUAUUUUUUUUAAUAGUAGAGUUCAAUAUUUUUAAUAUCUUGUAAUCAUAUUUUAAUUACCUGUACAUCUAAUAUAAUUAGAUUUAUAAUAUUCAAUAUACACAUAUAUGGAAAUUAAGAUGAAUGUUUCUUUAAAAAAAAAAAUUAGAGGGGCAAAUAUCAUAAGUGGCUUCAAAUCCGUACAUAUCAUUAUCAUUAGCAAUAUGAAUGUUUCUAUUCCUUCUUGUAAUUUAUUUUUUUUAUCUCAUUUUUCGUGUUUGCAAUAAUUACAUGUUUUUCCUCUGUUGAAAAGUUUCAGUCGUUCAUUAUUGACUAGUUCAGGACAUGCUCGUUCCAUGAAGGGAAGCUGCGAAUUCUGUUGUAGAACCAAACAUGCGUUUCAUUAGCGCAUACAUAUAUAUAUAUAUAUAUAUAUAUGUAUUCCAGGCACAAAAUUAACAUCUGAGCCCAUGUCAUCUCUUCCUCAAAUCUUCAAGCAGAUGAUCGUCCAUCACUUUACGAUCGAUGUGUUACAUCCAGCUCUUUACAAUUUUAAGUUUCUUCAUUUAAUUUGGUGUGCAUGUUCUAUUGGCAAGAAGCAAAAAUAGCUGAAGACAUUGUUGAAGUUGUAUGCAGCAUGAACCAAAUUCAAAUUUU